AUGGACGAAGAGCCGCAGACUGCAAGAACUGCAAGCGCGCGAGGAGCACGCGGAUCGAUCUCGCAGGCCUCCUUUGCGGGCGAAAGGAGGAAGGCGCUGACAGGCGAAUCAAGUCAACAAUCAACCAGAAUCAAGUCCAUAAUCAGCCAGAAUCAAGUCCAUAAUCAGCCAGAAUCAAGUCACAAUCAACCAGAAUCAAGUCCACAGUCAACCAGAAUCAAGUCCACAAUCAAUCAGAAUCAAGUCCACAAUCAACCAGAAUCAAGUCCACAGUCAACCAGAAUCAAGUCCAUAAUCAGCCAGAAUCAAGUCCACAGUCAACCAGAAUCAAGUCCAAUCAAUCAAAUCAAGUCCACAGUCAACAAGAAUCAAAUCUAUAAUCAACCAGAAUCAGUCCACAAUCAAGAAUCAAGUCCACAGUCACCAGAACAAGUCCACAAUCACCAGAAUCAAGUCCACAAUCAAUCAGAAUCAAGUCCACAGUCAACCAGAAUCAAGUCCACAAUCAACCAGAAUCAAGACCACAGUCAACCAGAAUCAAGGCCACAAAUCAAGUCCACAAUCAACCAGAAUCAAGUCACAGUCAACCAGAAUCAAGUCACAGUCAACAGAAUCAAGUCCACAAUCAACCAGAAUCAAGUCCAUAAUCAGCCAGAAUCAAGUCCACAAUCAAUCAGAAUCAAGUCCACAAUCAAUCAGAAUCAAGUCCACACCAGAAUCAAGUCCACAAUCUAUCAGAAUCAAGUCCACAAUCAACCAGAAUCAAGUCCACAGUCAACCAGAAUCAAGUCCAUAAUCAACCAGAAUCAAGUCCACAGUCAACCAGAAUCAAGUCCACAAUCAAUCAGAAUCAAGUCCACAAUCAAUCAGAAUCAAGUCCACAAUCAUCAAUCAACCAGAAUCAAGUCCAUAAUUAUACAGAAACUAGUCCACAAACCAGAAUCAAGUCCACAAACCAGAAUCAAGACAGUCAACCAAGUCCACAAUCAACCAGGUCAACCAGAAUCAAGUCCACAGUCAACCAGAAUCAAGUCCACAAUCAACCAGAAUCAAGUCCAUAAUCCAGAAUCAAGUCCACAUCAUCAAGUCCAGCCAAAUCAAGUCACAGUCAACCAGUCCACAAUCAAUCAGAAUCAAGUCCACAAUCAACCAGAAUCAAGUCCACAGUCAACCAGAAUCAAGUCCAUAAUCAGUCAGAAUCAAGUCCACAGUCAACCAGAAUCAAGUCCACAGUCAACCAGAAUCAAGUCCAUAAUCAGCCAGAAUCAAGUCCACAAUCAAUCAGAAUCAAGUCCAUAA